AUGACAGUUUAUUUUAUUGCAUACGAUCAAUACUUCGAGCAAGAGCUACCAAAAUUGCACCAUCAUUUUGAUGUGCUCGAUGUACGGCCUGAUCUAUACCUCAUCGAGUGGCUAUAUACGUUGUAUGCAAAAUCGUUGCCUUUCGAUGUUAGCUGCCGAAUUUGGGAUGUAUUUUUGCGUGAUGGUGAGCAAUUCCUGUUCACCACAGCGCUUGGCAUACUGCAUCUGUACGAAGAGGAGCUGCAAGCGAUGGAUGAUUUCGAUGAAAUUGUCAACUUCCUCACCCAUUUACCGCAGUCAGUGGAUAUCAAUCGGCUUUUCGACUCUAUUGAAUUGCUCACAAAAUGCUGCUCUUCCUCUUGUGUUGAGAACGGCAAGCACCGCUCUUUUCAACAGGCAUACGAUUCGCUUUCCUUUUCGGGGCAUUAUCAGGUCAUUGUGGAGUUUAGCUGCUGUUAUGCUGAUGAUAUAUUGCUCUUUCAAACAACUAUGUGUUACAGAUCUUCACAGAUUAACAGAACAUGGGAAUUUUUCGGCGCCUUCAUUACCGUCCAUCAGUGCGCAAGGUUCAGCAGCAAAUUUACAGCACGCCGACGAGCAUUUUUCCGCGGCAGCACUUCGCACAAACGUGUGUAA